AUAUAGUCAGUAACAAGUAGGGAUUCCCGUGAACCAAGUUCAAGAAACAGUCAAAAAUGAAGUGUGUUGUGAGUUUGUUAUUGAUGUUGGUAUUGUUGGGCGUGAACGCUUAUGACUUCGAUGAUAGUGCUUUCAACGAGUACCUCUUCAAAGAGCUGCAAUCUCUUUACGACGAUGAUGAUGUCAGUCAUGUGCAUACGCAGAGGACACGCCGUGAAGCUAUAGAUUCCAAGGAAUGUGAUAAACGUAGCUGGAAGAAGGAUAUGCAUUGUUGUAAAGAUUCUAACGCUAAUGGCGAACAAUUGGCACUCUUUCGGAGUGUUAAGAAAGAGUGUAUUGCGGAAUUAAAGGGUGAACCGGCCGAUGAUGCCUUCAACCCCUUCGAUUGUGAAAAGAUGAAGCAAGUCAAGGAACAAAUGAUUUGUAUAAGCGAAUGUAUAGCGAAGAAGCUCAAAAGUCUCGAUGAAGAGGGCGAAUUGAAACGUGAUGUCAUCUUGGAAGGUCUACGCGCACAAAUCGGUGAUGCACAAUGGAAGAUAGACGCUGUGGAAGGCUAUGUUGACACAUGUCUGGCUGUGGUGAAGGAGAAACGCGAACAACGCGAGAAGGAUGGUGAAUCGACAGAGGGUUGCAGUCGUUCGCCCUUAACCUUCCACGGUUGCAUGUGGCGUCAGUUCUGGAAAGGCUGUCCGGCUGAAUUACGUGUCGACUCGCCGAAGUGCAAUAAAUUGCGUGAACGUGUGACCAAUGGAGAUGUAAGUUUCUUUGGCAAACACUUCCUCAACAAAUACUAUCCCGGUCCACGUGAUGAGGAUUGAAUGAGCGAAUUAUUCAUUUGUAUUUUUUGGUUUCUGCAGUAAAAUAAUUGAGUUUUAUUGAAAAGAAUUUGAAUAAAUCAAGUGAAAACAAUUAAAAAGUGU